AGGCGGCGCGGCGCGGCGGACUGAGCAUGCGCAGUGGGCCAGGCCGGCUCUCGGCGCUAGAAGGAAGCGGUCGUUCGCUGUGAUCCCGGCGGCUGCGCUGGGGUAUGCGGUACCUGCUAGCGUGGCUGCUGCAUCCCGCUUUGCCCAGCACCUUCCGCUCGGUCCUCGGCGCCCGCCUGUCGCCGCCGCAGCACCUCUGUGGUUUCCAAAAAAAGACCUACAGCAAAAUGAAUAAUCCAGCUAUCAAGAGACUAGAAAAUCACAUUAUCAAAUCUCCAGAAGAUAAGCGAGAAUAUCGUGGGCUAGAACUGGCCAAUGGCAUCAAAGUACUGCUCAUCAGCGAUCCCACCACAGAUAAGUCUUCAGCAGCACUUGAUGUACACAUAGGUUCAUUGUCAGAUCCUCCAAAUAUUGCUGGCCUAAGUCAUUUUUGUGAACAUAUGCUAUUUUUGGGAACAAAGAAAUAUCCUAAAGAAAAUGAAUACAGCCAGUUUCUCAGUGAGCAUGCAGGAAGUUCAAAUGCUUUUACUAGUGGAGAGCAUACCAAUUACUAUUUUGAUGUUUCCCAUGAACACCUAGAAGGUGCCCUAGACAGGUUUGCACAGUUUUUUCUGUGCCCCUUGUUUGAUGAGAGUUGCAAAGACAGAGAGGUGAAUGCCGUUGAUUCAGAACAUGAGAAGAAUGUGAUGAACGAUGCUUGGAGACUCUUUCAGUUGGAAAAAGCUACGGGGAAUCCUAAACACCCCUUCAGCAAAUUUGGAACAGGUAACAAAUAUACUCUAGAGACUAGACCAAACCAAGAAGGCAUUGAUGUAAGACAAGAGCUACUGAAAUUCCAUUCUACUUAUUAUUCAUCCAACUUAAUGGCUAUUUGUGUUUUAGGUCGAGAGUCAUUAGAUGAGUUGACUGAUCUUGUGGUGAAGUUAUUUUCUGAAGUAGAGAACAAAAAUGUCCCAUUGCCAGAAUUCCCUGAACACCCUUUCCAAGAAGAACAUCUUAGAAAAAUUUAUAAAAUAGUGCCUAUUAAGGAUAUUAGGAAUCUUUAUGUGACAUUUCCCAUACCUGACCUUCAAAAAUACUACAAAUCAAAUCCUGGUCAUUAUCUUGGUCAUCUCAUUGGACAUGAAGGUCCUGGAAGUCUGUUAUCAGAACUUAAAUCAAAGGGAUGGGUAAACACUCUUGUUGGUGGGCAGAAGGAAGGAGCCCGAGGUUUUAUGUUUUUUAUCAUUAAUGUGGACUUGACUGAGGAAGGAUUAUUACAUGUUGAAGAUAUAAUUUUGCACAUGUUUCAAUACAUUCAGAAGUUACGUGCAGAAGGACCUCAAGAAUGGGUUUUCCAAGAGUGCAAGGACUUGAAUGCUGUUGCUUUUAGGUUUAAAGAUAAAGAGAGGCCACGGGGCUACACCUCUAAGAUCGCGGGAAUAUUGCAUUAUUAUCCCCUAGAAGAAGUGCUCACAGCUGAAUAUUUACUGGAAGAAUUUAGACCUGAUUUAAUAGAGAUGGUUCUCGAUAAACUCAGACCAGAAAAUGUCCGGGUUGCAAUAGUUUCCAAAUCUUUUGAAGGAAAAACUGAUCGCACAGAAGAAUGGUAUGGAACUCACUACAAACAAGAAGCUAUCCAAGAUGAAGUCAUUAAGAAAUGGCAAAAUGCUGACCUGAAUGGGAAAUUUAAACUUCCAAUGAAGAAUGAGUUUAUUCCUACGAAUUUUGAGAUUUUACCAUUAGAAAAAGAAGCAACAUCAUACCCUUCUCUUAUUAAGGAUACAGCCAUGAGCAAACUCUGGUUCAAACAAGAUGACAAGUUUUUCUUGCCGAAGGCUUGCCUCAACUUUGAAUUUUUCAGUCGCUACAUUUAUGCUGAUCCUCUCCAUUGCAACAUGACAUACCUGUUUAUCAGGUUAUUGAAGGAUGAUUUAAAAGAGUAUACAUAUGCAGCACGCCUCUCAGGUUUGAGCUAUGGCAUUGCAUCAGGAAUGAAUGCAAUACUUCUCUCGGUGAAAGGUUACAAUGACAAGCAGCCGAUUUUGCUAAAGAAGAUUAUUGAGAAAAUGGCUACCUUUGAAAUUGAUGAAAAAAGAUUUGAAAUUAUCAAAGAGGCAUAUAUGCGAUCUCUUAACAAUUUCCGAGCUGAACAGCCUCACCAGCACGCCAUGUACUACCUCCGCUUGCUGAUGACUGAAGUGGCCUGGACUAAAGAUGAAUUAAAAGAAGCCCUGGAUGAUGUCACCCUUCCUCGCCUUAAGGCCUUCAUACCUCAGCUCCUAUCACGGCUGCACAUUGAAGCCCUUCUACAUGGAAACAUAACUAAGCAGGCUGCAUUAGGUAUCAUGCAGAUGGUUGAAGACACUCUCAUUGAACAUGCUCACACGAAACCUCUCCUUCCGAGUCAGCUGGUUCGGUAUAGAGAAGUUCAGCUCCCUGACAGAGGAUGGUUUGUUUAUCAGCAGAGGAAUGAAGUUCACAAUAACUGUGGCAUCGAGAUAUACUACCAAACAGACAUGCAGAGCACCUCGGAGAAUAUGUUUCUGGAGCUCUUCUGUCAGAUCAUCUCCGAGCCUUGCUUCAACACCCUGCGCACCAAGGAGCAGCUGGGCUAUAUCGUCUUCAGCGGUCCUCGUCGAGCCAACGGCAUACAGGGCUUACGGUUCAUCAUCCAGUCGGAAAAGCCUCCUCACUACCUAGAAAGCAGAGUGGAGGCCUUUUUAAUCACCAUGGAAAAGUCCAUAGAGGACAUGACAGAAGAGGCCUUCCAAAAACACAUUCAAGCACUAGCAAUUCGUCGACUAGACAAACCAAAGAAACUGUCUGCCGAGUGUGCUAAAUAUUGGGGGGAAAUCAUCUCCCAGCAAUACAAUUUUGACAGAGAUAAUACAGAAGUUGCAUAUUUAAAGACGCUUACCAAGGAAGAUAUCAUCAAAUUCUAUAAGGAAAUGUUGGCAGUAGAUGCCCCAAGGAGACAUAAGGUGUCCGUCCAUGUUCUUGCCAGAGAAAUGGAUUCUUGUCCUGUGGUCGGAGAGUUCCCCUGUCAAAAUGAUAUAAAUUUGUCACAAGCGCCACCCUUGCCACAACCUGAAGUGAUUCAGAACAUGACCGAGUUCAAGCGUGGUUUGCCACUGUUUCCCCUCGUGAAGCCACAUAUUAACUUCAUGGCUGCCAAGCUCUGAGGACCCCCCGCGGGCGGUGACAAGCGAGUGGACGCGUUCCCGAGUCUCCCAGGGGCUCGGAAACCGGCUUGGCCACUUUACUAGUUUCUGGUUCCCUGUUAGAGACACAAACAGAAAAAGAGAUGUCAGAUGUCAUUAUGUAGAAAUAUUAAAAAUCCAAAGUAAUUAAAUUACAAAA